AUGAAGUUUGCCAUCCUUUGCCUCUGUCUGGCUAGCACAGCCUCUGCUGCACCUUCCAUCUUUCAUUACCUGCCUCAUUAUGCAGGCUCCAGACCACAGGUAGCACCCUCACAGGUGAGAACUGCCUUCCCAGUUAGUCCGUCUCUACCACAACCUGGACUACCUGGUGGUUACAGUAUUGAACUGAUUUACCCCCACAGAUUUCCUGGUGGUCCAUCACCUAACUGCUCAAACCCCUUUUCCUCCACUGGUUUGAUUAAAUACUCCAUCCCUCAGCCACCAGGCAGACAGAGUGUGGAAGUUUACUACCCAUAUGACUUCUCCCAGGGAAGGAUAAUGACAAACUUGCCCCCGAUGACAAAUGUCCCUCACAUGCCAAAUGUGCUUCCAUUUGACUAUCCCCCUCAAAAUAUUCCGCAGCAAAUCCCAAACAUUCCCUCAUUUGAUGCCAAUCCUCUUCCAUCCCAGGAUCCCAUGCAGCCUCUCCUGCAGGACCAGCCCCCACAGACAAGCCAGAUGCCUGCCCAGGUGUAA